UCAGAGUUUUGGCUUGGACUCGCAGCAGCAUGUGAACACAUUAAACCAACAGACUGUUGAACAGCAGAGACACACAGAGACGUCUCUGCUGAGACCUGAAGACAGAGGACUGCGUCCUGAUUGGAUCAUUUCACAGGUGGUCUCAGUGAGUGCAAACAGUUUGGAUCGAGGGCGGAGAAAAGAAACACCACUGACCUCCAUAACCUCUCUCACUGAUCUGACAUCCAUCAGCUGCUGCUGCCAAAACCUGUAACUGGAGAUCUGAUGGGAUCCACUGCUGCUGGAUCUCAGAGAGAGACAUCUUCUGAGUCUUCACAUCUUCAUCACUGACAUUAAACUCAACAGACUGAAUCUGAUUCUCCAGAGUUCAGAUCCAACAUGGCCGCCGCCGCCGCCGCUGAUGUGAAUGUGGACGAUUACAGUGUUUACAGUCACCUGUCUGAUGAGGAGCUGUUGCAGAUCGCUGUCGAGAGGAGCCUCUCUGACACACACCUCCCCUCAGGUCAGAGCUCAUCAUCAUCAUCAUCAUCAGCAGCAGCAGCAGCAGCACCUCCUCCCUGUGCUGCCCCAACCCGAACAAACCCAAACCCCGAACAGAGACACCCCAACCCUCCGCCUCCAUCACAGCCGUGUGUCCAAAACUCCGUCAACCCUCCAACAGGCCUGUUCCAGUUCAUCUACAGAGGCAUCAGGAGCGAGUUCAGUCCUCUGCAGUCUCUGAUUAUAAACGGAGACGUAGAGGCUCUGAAGGAUCUGGUCAGACGUGGGUCCAGCUGUCUGACGGAGCCGAAUGAUGACGGCUGGAUCGCUCUUCAUGAAGCCGCUUAUUAUGGACAGCUGCAAUGUGUCAUCGUCCUCGUCACAGCUCAUCCCGACUCGGUGAACAGAUGCAGUUUGAGGAAUCAGACAGCUCUGCAGCUGGCUGCAGGCCGAGGAAAAGUUUCCUGUGUCGAUUUUCUCCUGAAACACGGAGCUGACCCAAACAUCGCCAACAAGGACCAAGAGACGCCACUGUUCUCAGCCUGUGAGAACCCGAACGAAGCCAUCGUGGAUCUGCUGCUGAAGUUUGGAGCUCAGGUGAAUCGCUGCAGCACUCAGGGAGUGAGUCCUCUUCAUGAAGCCUGCAGACACGGACAGGUGAAGAUCUGCAGAACGUUACUGGAGUCCGGAACCAAUCUACACACCAGGAACAUCUACGGCAUCCAAGCGUUCUUCACCGCCGCACAGCACGGACACGUCGACGCCCUGCACCUGCUCGCCAAGAAAGGUGCAGAUAUAAAUGGACAGGCACAAGACGGAGCCACGCCGCUGUAUGAAGCCUGUAAGAAUGGUCACUUUGCUGCUGUGGGGGUGUUGCUGUCUCUGAAAGCCGACGCUAACCGAUCCACGAAGUCUGGCCUGCUGCCUCUUCAUGUGGCUGUUCAGAAUGAUCACACACGAAUCGUGUUGCUGCUGAUCCCGGUGACCAGCAGGGUCAGAAUCCGGACCAGCGGUAUCAGUCCUCUGCACAUUGCUGCAGAGAACAACAGUGAUGACAUCAUGGAGCUGCUGAUCGAGUCCGGCUUUGACGUCAACACCAAGCUGUCAGAGGACCGCUCCAAGAUGUACGAGGACCGGCGGAGCACGGCACUUUACUUCAGUGUCUAUAACGGGAACCUUGAGGCUGCUGAGAUGUUGCUGGAGGCCGGAGCUGACCCCAACCUGGACGUCUUCAACCCACUAUUCAUAGCCGUCCGGCUCUGCCGGAUGGACAUGGCAAUGCUGCUGCUGAGCUACGGCGCCAACGUCAAUGCUCAGAUCGCCACCCAGCCGUCCUCGUUCCCGGCGGCUAUCCUGCUGAGAAUGGAGUCUCCGUCCAUGCUCAAACUGCUACUGGACAACGGCUGCGACGCUCAGUCCUGCUUUGACUGUCCGUAUGGCCAAAAACCACAUCCUGUCAUGCCAUCACGCCGUCCCAUUGAAGAAAUGCAGUUCUGCGAGGCCGUCUCCACCCCGACUUUCUGCCAUAGCGCCGGUCCCAUCAUCUCACUGAUGCUGGACUACGUCAGCCACGUCCACCUGUGCUCUCAGCUGCAGGAUGUCCUGAGGAGUUGCAGCGACUGGAUGCCGAUCAUACUGAAAGCUCGUCCUCCUCAUCCUCUGAUGCAGCUCUGCAGGUUGAAGAUCAGACGUCAGGUUGGAGUCCGAAGACUCAAACUGCUCCACACGCUGCCACUUCCUGUCAGACUCAUCCGCUUCCUGCACUAUGACAUCCCUGCUCAUUCACCUGAACUCACCUGCUGUGGUGUGGUCGCACCACAAAGUGACGUGUAUAUGUUCAUGAUGUGGGAGCGCUCGCAGGGCUCGGUGGUCGACUGUUGUAGCUAACGAGCUAACCGCUAAUGUUUUGUUAAGAGAGAAAAUAAAGGUCACCAGUUAGCUGGCCUGUUAGCAUGUUAGCUUAGCUGAGUUUAACUGAAUUUGAAAGACUUCCUGUGUUGGUGCUGACUUCACUGGUUGAUCUGUUGUGUUGUUGCAGUUGAACUGGUCGCACUGGUUUUACACCACACUGACCUGAGCAGGUGUCUCAUUUAUAAACACUGCGUACACACAAAACAAGGCCUGAAAGAGGCGGACGCCGCUUCACACGCAGAAGGUGUGAUCUUUAAAAACAGAUUUGAUGGGAGAAACUUUGGUGCGUGCUAAUGAAGCUUUUGGCGACGCGGACGGUGACGUCGAAGCCUGACUGUAGACACUGUUGAGUAUUUUUUGGCUUUUGUCCUUAUGUAUAUUUUCAGUCCGGAUCCUGUGCAUUGUUUUAUAAGUGAGACCGCUGGUGAUUUUAGACUUGAAGGAGACAGAACUGAAUGUUUGUCAGUGACCUUUGACCUCUGUUAUAUGAUUUUUAAAACGUGUCAUUAAAGGUCACACAGAAAUAAAGCUGCACGUCAGCAGACGGAGGUCUCACUCUGAA